UUUACAUAUUUGACUGGAAAUUACGAUCCUAUGUGUGUUGUAUCGCAGUUUGUCGGACGACUUACUGGUAUUAAACAUAGUUUUUCAGGAAAGGGAAAAUGGUUAGAAUGUGGUCGUACCGAGUGUGUGAAGAACACAUUGGAUCCCGAAUGGGCAUCUCAGAUCCGAAUCGAAUACUUUUUUGAAGAACGACAAACAAUGCGAUUCGAAAUUUACGAUAUCGAUGCACCUACCAGUGAACUAUCCGCUCAUGACUUUCUUGGACGUAUGGAAUGUGAACUGGCAGAAAUUGUAGCGAAUCGGCCGUUUACAAAAGCGCUCAGCGGAACAAAACGGAAAAAUCACGGCGAACUCACAGUUUCUUGUGAUGAAGUGGAUGAUGGUGCGAAAGAGAACGUCAGAUUCCAUUUAAGUGCGAAAAAACUGGACAAGAAAGAUUUCUUUGGAAAAUCUGAUCCAUUCUUGAAUAUCUAUCGGAUAGAUGACGGUGGAAAUCGCCAGUUAGCUCAUCGAACAGAAGCUAUCAAGAGAGAGUUGAAUCCGGUUUGGAAUCCAUUUGAAGUGAAUGUGAAGAUGCUAUGCUCCAACGACUAUAAACGGUAUUUCAAAUGUUCCCAGUUCUCGAAUAUGCUGGGUGAAGAGUGGGUAAAGAAGGGGAAUUUCGAUGCAAAUCCGUCUGUGGUUGGGGUACGAGGCGUAAUGGAAGCAUAUCGAUACGCACUGAAUCGAGUUACUCUCUACGGGCCAACGAAUUUCAAGCCAGUUAUUCAGGAGGUCGCGAAGAAAGCCUCGAGGAUAUCGUCGAAAACUGAUGGGUCACGUUAUCAGGUGAGAGCCAGAGAUAGGAAUGGAUGGGCGCAUGAAAGUAUAAACCCUAUUUCAGGUGCUUCAUCGCUACCGUUGUCGAUCAUCAUUGUGGGUGUCGGUAAUGAUGAAUUCGAAAACAUGAACGAAUUGGAUUCUGACUCACAUCUACUGACACAUGCUGGACGAACAGCUCAUAGAGAUAUUGUACAGUUUGUUCCGCUACGAAAUUUCCUACGGGAAGGAUGUACGGGAGCUGAAAGUGAAAGGGUAAUGGGACUGUUGGCAAAGGAGGUGUUGGCUGAAGUUCCUCUACAACUUACCUCCUAUAUGAAAAUGCGAAAUAUCGUUCCGCGACCAGCUGAUGAUCCAUUUCCAAAAGAUCCUGAAGCAGGUCAGUGGAAACAUCCUCUCCUCUUUUUCCCUUCUCUUUUUCUCUUAGGUGUUCAUUUUCUGGUCGAGCUUAUAUUUUUGAGAUGGCCAGCGAAAAGCAUUAACUGUUUUUGUUUGGAGUGUGUCCUAACCAUUUUGUUAGCUCAUUUACUCAAGAAAGGCAAUGUUCGGCUGUGCCGCUUCCUCCCAGGAGGGUACGGGGGAUCAAAUUGA